CUAUUACCAGGUUUUAAACUUUGCCAUGAUCGUGUCUUCUGCGCUUAUGAUCUGGAAAGGCUUGAUCGUCCUCACUGGCAGCGAGAGCCCGAUCGUGGUGGUGCUGAGUGGCAGUAUGGAGCCAGCCUUUCACAGAGGUGACCUUCUGUUCCUGACAAACUUUCGGGAAGACCCUAUUAGAGCGGGUGAAAUUGUGGUCUUUAAAGUCGAAGGACGAGACAUUCCAAUAGUUCACAGAGUGAUCAAAGUUCAUGAAAAAGAUAAUGGAGACAUCAAAUUUCUGACUAAAGGAGACAAUAAUGAAGUUGACGAUAGAGGCUUGUACAAAGAGGGCCAGAACUGGCUUGAGAAGAAGGAUGUGGUGGGAAGGGCCAGAGGGUUUUUACCGUAUGUUGGUAUGGUCACCAUAAUAAUGAAUGACUACCCAAAAUUCAAGUAUGCUCUUUUGGCUGUAAUGGGUGCAUAUGUGUUACUAAAACGUGAAUCCUAAAAUGAGAAGAAGUUCCUGGGACCAGAUUGAAAUGAAUUCUGUUGAAAAAGAGAAAACCUAAUAUAUUUGAAAUGUUCCACUUUCUGUAUAAAAGGAAACAAUGUGGAGACAUUUUUGUCUUGUCCAAAUAAAUGAUUCAUCAGUGAA